AUGAACAUAAUUUUUUUUUAUUUAUUAGGUUUAUUAUGCCUUCUAUAUAAUAAUAUAUUUUGUAUUGAAAAUAAAAAUGAACUUUACAUUUUAGAAGGACAUAAUAAUUUAACUGAAUUACUUGCAUUAAUAGCAUGCGAUGAGCACAGAGAUAUUUAUUCUGAAGAUGAAUGUGACUUACUCAACAAUUUAAGCAGAAGAAAAACAGUUACAAAAGAAGAAUUAUUAAGGACUUUAAAUAUAUUAGAAGAGAAAUGUAAGAAUAUUCUCCAUGAUUCAGAAAAAGAUAAGCUUGAAAGAUUAAUUGAUAAAAUUAAAGACGCAUUGAAAAAAAAUAAUUUCAUUAUCAAAGAUGAUAAAGAAAGAAAAAAAAAAACAUUAAAUAAAAGCACUCUCUUAUUAAAACUAGAGAAUUCUUUGAAAAAAAAAGAUCUUGCUAAUUUUAAAAAAGUUAGCGAUCUUAUUAAAUUAAGAAAUUUAUAUUUACAUCAAAAUUAUAGAAUAUGUAGUUCUUCUAAUGAAAAGCUAUUGCUAGGCAUUCCUAGAAAGCUGCAUGUAACAGAUUGGAGUGUGAAAACUAUAAAUCUUCCAUUAUCCUUUAGGAUUACAAAUCAGAUAAGUACACCAGAAUCCUUUUGUUCUAAUACGGCAUGUGUGCCAUUGCAAUACGAUAAAUCUGUAAAACUAUUUAAGCCUUUACUUGAUUUUAAUUUAGAACAAUUAGAAAAUGACUUGAAGUCUCAGUUGAAGACUUAUGAAGAAUCAAAAAAAGAAAUUUCUUUUCUGAUAAGAGAAAAAAAUGAAUUAAAAAGAGUUUCGUUAGAUAUACCUUCCAGCAGAAUGCCACAACCUCAACCCAAUGAUGAAUUAAAAGAAUCGUUAGAAGAAGGAGAUAAAAUUCUUACUUAUGUAAUUAGUAAAAGAUUAAAAGGAGCUUCGAGUGAUUACACAUUUAGUAUUCCAAAUAAAGAUUUUAUACAUUUUUCAGCAAAAAAAAUUAAAAAGACAAUACAAAUCCCAAAAAAACAGUCGAAAGACAUAUCCUCAAAGAAAUCUAGAAACAAAGUUAUAAUUAAUGUUAAAUCUCCAAUAAAAAUGAAAAAUAAUUCUUUAAAAAAAAGAAAAGCAAAGAAAUCAAGGAAAAAUAAUAAUAAUUACCAUAUAUUUAUAAAAGGAAUCACACAGAAACAACCUAAAUGUUUCACAAAAGUAUAUGAUAUCCCAAUUAAAAAAAAAACAGUAAUUAAACCAGUCACAAAUAAUAAAUUUGUAAAAAAGGUAAUAAUUAAAAAAGUUAUACAGGAAGUACCUGUUGUUAAAGAAGUAAUAAAAGAAAUACAACCUGAACCUAAAGAACCUCAUGUUCAAAAUUGUCCACAACAUACUAAAAAUAAAUGCGGUGAUUAUUUUUACGCUAUUCCAUUGAUUAAAUUUUAUCAUCCAAGUGGCAGUAUACAUUGCUUAUCGUGUUCUCAGUAUGAAAAAAAUUCACCUUGUAAUUGUGCUUUGGAUGAAAAUUUUAUCAAACUUAAGUAUGGUCAAAAUUGCAUGAUGUGCAUACCUACUAGUGUCAUUAACCAUUGUUUCUGCAACAUGAAUAAUUCAAAGCAAUCAAUAGAAAAAUCUCCCAAGCAACCAUCAGAUACACCAUGUGCAUACAGCAAUAGUUGCUCACAUAAAAAUUUUCCUAGUAAUUAUACACCUAAAAAUAAUAACGUUUUUUCAACUUCUUCAAAACAUACUUCAAGUUAUAAUAGUAAAUUAGAAAGAAUUUGUGAAGAAAAAUAUAAUUCCAAAUUGGUUCAAAAAUUUUAUGUAUAUAAUUCAUCAAAAAAAAAAAUUUUUGGAAAGCAACUAUCAAAAUUUACUACAUCAGGUAAUUCGCAGAACAACUAUGUAUAUUCUACCGAAAAUAGUGAUGAGGAAGAAAGUAAUGGUUUAGAUGAUGAUGAAGUAUAUAACGCAAAAGAUAAUAAUGACGAAGAAGAUAAUGAUGAAGAAGAUAGUGAUAAAGAAAACGAUGAAGAGGAUAAUGAAGAAGAUAAUAAUGAAGAAAAAGAUAAUGAUGAAGAUAAUAAUGAAGAAGAUAAUGAUGAAGAUAAUAAUGAAGAUAAUGAUGAGGAUGAUAAUGAAGAUAAUGAUGAAGAAGAUAAUGAUGAAGAAGAUAAUGAUGAAGAAGAUAAUGAUGAAGAUGAUAAUGAUGAGGAAGAUAAUGAUGAAGAAGAUAAUGAUCAAGAAAAUGAUGAUGAAGAAGAUAAUAAUGAAGAAGAUAAUAAUGAAGGAGAUGAUAAAGAAAAUGAGGAAGGCAAAAAUAUAAGUGAUAAUAAUGUAGAUUUUAGUAGUGGAUGUCCAUAUAAAAAUUUUGUAAUGUAUAAGGAUAAACAUGAUGAAAAUGGGGAAAAUGAAGUCACUAAUAAUUUAAGAGAGGAUUCAAGAGAAUUUAUAGAUGAAAGUCAUGAAAUUGAAGAUGAAUAUUCCUUAGAUGCAAAUGAUGAUAACGAAUUUAUAGCGUUUAAUGAAUCGUUGGAAUAUAAUAAUAAUAUGCAAAAUUUAAAAAAAAAUUAUUAUAAUACAAUUCAUAGAAAAGGUUAUUACUUAAAUUACGAUGAAAAUGAAUACUUUCUUAUUAAAUUAAGAUUUAUAUAUAAAACUUCAUUCUUUACAAGUACAAAAAAAGAAGUAAAUGCUUAUUUAAAAACACCUGAAAUAGGUAUUAACUAUAAUAAACAAAGAAUACUUUAUUUGAUUAGUAAAUUCUUUAGUAAAUCAUUUAAACAUGUAAAUUAUAAAAUAAAUAAGUCAAAGGUGCAUAUGUUUCCUAUAUUUAAAAAUUCAAGAAUUCAAAGCUAUGAUUUAGAUUUUGGUAAGAUAAAAAGUAAGUAUGCCAUAUCUUUAAAUAUGUUUAAACGUUCAGUUUUUGAUUUAGUAAAUAACGCAAUUUAUUUCAUUAGUCCUGAUGGAAACUAUAUAUUAUUAGAAGAUGUAAUAAAGAGAGUACAAGAUAAAACACAAAGGAGAAAUUAUAAUUUUAUUAAAAUAAAACCAAAGUUGUAUCAUUAUUUUAUAAGUAACAAACAAGAAAAUUAUACAACACAAGGCAAUGAUGAUACAGAAAGUGAGGCUACAGAUGUAUUUGACGAAGAAACUACACAAGAAGAGAUUAAAAAAGAUGAUAUAGAAGAAAACAAAAUUAAUGAUACUUCAAUCCUUAAAGCGUUAUCCGACUAUGAUAAUGUGCUAUCACAAGAGGAUAUAAAAAUGAUCAAUGAGUAUAAUAAAAAUGUAAUAAUUGAUAAAAAAAAUAUUAAUGGAGAAGAAAUAACAGAAAUAACAAUUAAAAAAGAUGAAAGCAUUUUUGAAAAGGAGAUAGUAGAAGAAAACAUUGAUGGAUAUGAAUCUAUAACUAUUGAUAGUGAUGAAAGUAUUGAAGAUGUUAAUGAAACAGCAAAAAAAUAUAUAAAUGAGUAUUUCAGUAUACAUAAUAUGCCUAUACAUUACAUUGAAAACUUUAAGAUUUCUAAAAAUGUAAUUUACAUAUCUUCUGAUGUAAAUAGCGAUUUGAAUAUGCUUAAAAUGAGUAUUAUAGGUAUGUGCAAUAUUAUUGAUAGUUCUAUUGAUGAUUUCAGGCUUUGUUUAGCUAAUAAAGAAACUGAUGUUUAUGAUUAUAAUGAAUGCAUUGAUAUACCAGAAUCCAUAAAUAAUAUCCAAGAAUUAAACAAUUAUAGCAAAUCGUUAAAUAUGAAAAUAGUAAUUGCUCCAUUAAAUAUGAAAUACAUUAAUAUAAUACCUAGAAGUUUCGAUUAUUUAUAUAAUUCAAAUGAAUACAUUCAUCCCUCAAAAAUUUAUGAAGAAGAAAAAGAAAAAGAUAAGGAAAAAGAAAAAGAAGGAAGAGACUUAUAUGAAGAAGAUGAUGAAGGAAAUCUUGUUUUAAAAGAAGUAAAAAUUAAAAAAGAUAAACAGUCCUCACUUAAAAAUGAUAAAUUAAAUGAUAAUAUAAGAAUAUCAGGAACUUCAUUAGAAUCAAGUGAAAGAAAUAAUGAGCAAAAUUAUGAUGUUUCUACUAGUUUUGACAAUGAAGAAGUUAUAGAAUAUGAAAAUAAAGAAAUAUCUAUACUUGAAGACGAAGAACUUUAUAAAACGAAUAGUUUCUAUAAACAUUUUGAAUUAUAUAUAGACAAUCCAAACAGAAAAAUUGAUAUAUUAAAUGCUCCUAUAUUAAAAGUAUAUACUUUUGAAUUAUUUAUUGCUGAUAUUAUGAACAAAACAAUGCAUGUUCCUUCUAUUUUCACUAGCCCUCAUUCAUACAAGAAGGGUUUACGUGUAAUAGAUACUUAUUUGUAUUUUGACUAUUAUACAUUUAACAAAAAUACAAAUGCUAUAAAUUCAUUAACGUUUGAAAAGAAUAUUCCAUUAUAUGAGGUAUUAAAAGAACUUAAAUCAAGAAACGAAGGGUUAAUGAUUAAAAAUAAAGAUAGUGAAGAAGGUUUGAGUGUAGAUAAUCUAAGAGAUAUGAAAAUCCCAUCAAAAAUAAAUUUGGCUGAUUCAAGAUACAUACACUUUGAAAUACCAAUAUUUUAUUUGGAUGAAGAUUCAAAUUUUUUUCAAGAUAAAAUUAUUUUAAGGAAUAUUCCAGAGACACUUACCAUAAAUGAGUUAUGCAGUUCUAUAAAAAAUAUAAUUAAUGAAACUUUAAUUUCAUUUAAACUUAAUCUAUUAGAAGAUUUACAUAUAUAUACAAUAAGAAAUAAUAAAUGGGAAAACGUAUUAGACAAAUCAUUAGUAUAUGACUUAAAAACGAAUAAUCAAGACAUAUUUACUAUAUUUAUUAACCAUAAAUUUUUAACUAAAAAUGAUUUUCAAAUAUUAUCUAAUAUAUCAAUUGAUUUUGUAGAUAAUAGUAUGUAUGCUAAAAAAUUAGAUAUAUAUAUAGAAUAUCAUCUCAAUCCUUAUACUUUAUAUAAUGUACCGAUAAAUAUGUCUUCUAAAAACAUUAAAUGUCUAUUUUUAAAUUACACGGAUGCAAUUUUAACAGAUUCUUUCUUAAAUGAAUUUUAUUUUACCUACAACAAAAAGAAUAUAUCUGAAUCAAAUGGUGAAUUAAAAAAUACUGAAAAUGUAAAAGAUGAAGACAUACAUGUAUAUGAAGGCACUGAAAGUGUAAAUAAUGAAAAAAUACCAUUUGUAUAUUUAUUAAGUAUGAUUACCAAAUUUUAUAAAGUUAAAUUAAAUUCAACUAUAAUGGUAAGUAGUUUAAUUGCCAAUUUAUAUGAACUAUGUGGAAAGAGCUCUAACGAACAUGCUUUACUAGAUGUAAUAAGAUCAUCAAAAACUAAAAAAAAUAUUGAAUUAACUUUGUAUAACAAUUCUAAAAAAAUAUUAGUUAAAAAUGUACCUUCAAAUUUGUUACUAUGGCAAUUUAUCAAUGUUUUGAUGAGAGGUUCAUUUAAUAUUCCCAUUGAAGAUAAAGACAAAUUAUACAACUUAUUUACAUUAGUUCCAGAUGUUAAAGAAGGAUCAAAAUAUUAUGAUUAUUUUUUUUUAUCACGCCCUGGAUAUACUGUUGAAGAAGCAAUAAAAUCAAUACAAGAAGAUAAUUUAUAUUUAGUAAAAGCGUACCCUGAAGAAUUAAAUCACAUAAGUGAUAGUGAACAUUUUAAUAAUUAUUCAAGUUUUAGACUUGAUUCAUUACCGUCUGUCAUAGAUUUUGAAAAUCCUAAUAUAUGCUUAAGUUUCUAUACUAAUUAUAAUAAUGAAAAUAAAAUAACUUACAUAAGAAAUAUUCCUUUGAACACAUCUAUAGACACAAUAUUCAAAUCAAUUCUUUUAAAUAUGUAUUCUUAUUGGGGAAAACUACCAGAAGAAGAAAAAAUAAAAUUUUCUCUUUUUAUCAAUAAUAAUGAAAUAAAAAAUUUCAGGGAUUAUUUAAAAUCUGAAGAAACUCCACAUAUUCGUACAUUACUCUCUUUGAAUGAAAACCCUAAUAAUAAUAUUUCUAUGAUAAAACAUAUUGAUUUGCACAAGUAUGAAUUAGAAUCAGGAAUAAUUUCAGAAGAGGAGUUAGGAAGAAUAAAAUUAUAUGAUUCUCUUCUAAGAGAAGUUCUAUUAAACAAUUAUAUUGACUAUAAUAAUAUUGACCUAAAGGGUUACAAGAUUGAUGUUUAUGUAUACGAUGGAAUUUCUUAUAAACCAACAUUCAUUCAUAAUGUACCAUUAAAUGCUACUAACAAAGAUAUAAUUAACUUUUUAUUAAAUAAAUCAAAUCAUAUUAAUAAUAAACAACUUAUUGAUCAAUUCCUUUUACUAAAUAAAGAAUCAUUUGAUUUAUUGAAGCUUAAUAAACCAAUAAGAAAGAAUGUAGUUUUUUUAAAGGAACUAAUACAAUUCAAUUCUUUAGAAGAACCUAAAUUAUAUUUGGUACACAGACUUUUAUUUAAUCCUUUAGAUAAUUUAUUCCAAAAUAUAGUUGAAAAAAGUUACGAUUUUAAGUCUGAAAAUGCAUCAGUCUCUACUGUAAAAGAGGAAAGAGGAAAAUUAAGUAUAAAUGUAAAUUUAAAUAACAGAAGAUAUAUAUUAACUGUUUUAAAUAUCCCUUAUAGUAUGUGUAUAAUUCAAUUCUUAAGAUACGCUAUUGGAUAUCAAAGACAAUGGAUAUACAAAUUUGUAAAAUUAUAUAUAAUAAAAGGUGAUGAAAAACACGUAUUAAAUGAUAAUAAUGAUACUAUAACAUAUGGUAGGACAGUUAGUGAAAUAUUUGAAAUAUGCAAAACAUAUAAUAAUUGUACCAUACACAUUGAUGUAAAUUAUAAAAAUGAAGUAAAUUAUGAAAUACCAACCUAUGAUAAUAUAAAUGAAUAUGAAGCUUAUGGUUCUACGAACUUCGAAAAUACUAAAAUGAAAAAUAUUAUAUUAAAUGAAUUAAGUAAAAAAAUAAUUGAAGAUGAAAUUCAAAAUAAAAACAUAGAUUUAUCUACAUUAUGUUUUGAAUACAACGCUGGUAUACAUGAAAAGACUAUUUUUGGUUCUUCAAGAAUUUGUAAUAUUCCUAGAGAAUAUACAGUAGGUAAUGUAUUAAGUUAUAUUAAAAAAAGGUUAUUAGAAGAUGCAAAAAUAAAAAUUACUAAAGAUCUACAAAUAAUGAUUAUUAUUAAUAAGAAAUAUGUAUCUGUUCCAAGUAAUUUAAAUAUUGUUUAUGCAAUUCAUUAUCUUUUCAACAAUACACCAUCUAUAGUUUGUGACUCAGAUGAUGGGUUGUUUAAUAUUGUUCACUUAACUUUAUAUAAAACAUUUAUUGAUAUGAAAAAUAAUACAUUUGUUAAAAGGGAUAUAGAAAUGCAUUUGAAAAAAGGUAAUUAUAUAGAAAAUAUUAAUUUCAAACAUGUACCAAUCAACAUAACAGAAGAUGAUUUAAUAACUUAUUUAUUGAGACAUUUAACAAAAAGCUCAGAAGUUACACAAUUUAUGAGAGAUAAUACUUCUAUAUGCUUAUAUCCUCGAUGUGAUCCCAUAUAUAUUCAUCAUAAGAAAAAGCAAAUUGCAUUUAUACCCUCUUUAGUUUAUCAUAAUGUUUUAAAAAAUAUAUAUUAUAUAACAACAGUAGAAGCUUACGAAAAUUUUUAUGCUAGACUUAGUCACAAAGAGUAUAAUUUUGAGAAAUCCCAAAUCUUUAAGAAUACAAAUGUAAAUAGAACAGGAAUAAAUGAAGUUGUAAACAUUGAUAUAAAUAUUCAUUUAACUAAUAUUUAUAAAAGUGUUCGUGUAAGAAAUCUAAAUAUUAAUAUAACAAUAGAAGAUUUAUUAUCAAAAAUAUUUAAAUUUAUAACAACAAGAAAGUAUAAUUGGAAUGAAUUAUUUACAUUUGUUGGUAGCACUUCAAAAGACAAUAUACUUAAAAAAGUAAGCAAAAGUGAAGAACCUCAAUUAUUCAGAGAUUGUUUAAAUGCAGAAGAAAACUUAACAUUUAUUUUUACAUCUCAUGAUAAUGAGAUACAUGACUACUUCAUAUCUAAACUAGCAUAUUUACCAGCAUUAAUAAAUUACCAAACUAAUUAUGUAACCUUAAAUAGUACUAUAAAUGGAUUUGAAAACAAAAAUACAACUUUGCAUGCCUUCCCUGAUUAUUUAACCUCCAAAACUAUGCUUACAAUAUUACAAUAUAGUUUUUUUAAGUUAAUAGGUAAAACUUAUUUAAAUGUUUUCGGUUGUUCUUAUGAUAAUAAUUUGGAUGCUACAAUUGAAGAUACGUCUGUAGAAGGGGAAGAAAAUGGUGGAUUAGUAAAAACAUUGAAAGAUGACAAUGACAAGCAACAAAUGAAAUUCAUCUUAAGGGUAAAUAAAAAUGAAAAAAAAAAAUUAGAUACAAUAAAAGAUUUAGUUAAUGUUGAAAUAAACAUAGGAUGCCAAGCAUUAAAUAAUGCAGAAGAUAUGGAAGAAUGUCUUGACUUGCUUUCUUCUCUAAAUAAUUCUUCCAUAUUUUGGAGAAAUGGGAUAUUAGGUUUUAUGGCAAAUUCCAUAACUAUACGUGAUACUUAUAAUAAUAGCUUAGUUUUACCAAAUGUCGAUUUUCAGAUAAACGAAAAAAUAUUAUUACAAAAUGUAUUAUAUGACAUUGACUUAUCACCGUAUUUAUAUAAAUUAUUCUAUUUAUCACAUAUUGAUAAAAAGUGUAAUACUUAUGAAAAAUUUUUAAAAAAUAGUGUACCACAUAUUCAAUGUUUAUUAUCAUAUGGUUUUAACAUAUACUUUGAUUUACAACAUGACAGUAAAUUAGAAAGCUAUGAUGGUUUUAAAACAGAAAAUGACUCUUUUGAUAUAACUCAAAUACAUUCUUUCUCAAAUUUGCUUGAACAACAUUUUGUUGAAUUGACUUUACAUAACGAUGAUGGAACCUAUGUUAUUAUAAAAAAUGUCUACAGAGAUAUGACUGUUGGCACCUUUUUAAAUGACCUGUCUAAAGCAAGAUUUCAUAUUCAUGGACUAAGAUAUAACGAAACUUAUAUCUUUUAUAAACUUGUAUAUUUAGUUAAUGAUGAAAUAAAUGAUAUAUCUACUGAAGAUUCGAUAGCAAAAGUAAAUGAUAUUGUACUAAAAUUUUCAAAAUCAAAUAUUAUUUUAAAAGUUGUUAAAAACAAUAAUGUAAAAUCUUAUUUCCCAAAUAUGUAUUUAAGUCCAUAUCCUUCGGUAAUUGAUUUAAGCCAAAAUAACUUUCAAGUUUCUAUAUUUUUACCUUCAAAAAAUUUACUUCAUAAUGAUUUAUUAAGAGAGCAAGUUGUGCCGAGCAUUAUUAUUAAUAAUGUCCCUUCUACAACCCUCAUUUCAUCUUUAAAAGAACUUUUGCAAUAUUUAAUAGAGGAAUUCUUAGAAAAUGCAGGAAUUUCUGAAAAUUUAAAUAUUGAUAAAUCUAAGUUUGAUAUCAAAUUUUUAGUUUUUAACUUUAAUCCUUUCACAAAAAAAACUCAAGAAAUUAAUUCGAAUAUAUUAAAUAAUUUAUCAAUUACUAACUUUUAUAACAUUUAUAUUAAUGGAGAUUUAGUACUUCAGUUAGAUAGUCUAAAACAAGUUAGUCCUGAUUUAUAUAAUGAAUUUAUAAAUCAUUUUUCAAAAGUAGUAAUUGAUUUUUCUAAUAGAAAAGUUCAAUUGAAGCAAUCCCAAUAA